GAAUCUUUUCAUUUAUUCAUUUAAAAUCCAUGAGUUCUGAAACUGAAACUGGGAAAUGGUGUUUGAUUGAGAGUGAUCCUGGAGUUUUUACAGAUCUUUUAAAAGGAUAUGGUGUGAAGGGAGCUCAAGUUGAAGAAUUAUGGAGCUUAGAUAAAGAAAAUUUUGACAAAUUAAAGCCUGUAUAUGGUUUAAUAUUUUUAUUUAAAUGGAAGCCUGAAAUAUUAUCAGAUGACAAUUCUUCUUUAGUUGAAGCUGUUGAUAAGAUAUAUUUUGCUAAGCAGGUUGUUGAUAAUGCUUGUGCUACUCAGGCAAUAUUGAAUAUUCUUCUUAAUUGUAGAGGUGAUAGCAUAGAUUUAGGUGAAACAUUAAAUAACUUCAAAAAUUUUAGUGAAAACUUUUUACCUUCAUUGAAAGGUGUAUGCCUAACAAAUUGUGAAACAAUACGUAAUGUUCAUAACAGUUUUUCAAAACACCACAUUUUUGAAAUGGAUGACAAAAUUAAUGAUGAAAAAGAGGAUGUUUUUCAUUUUACAUGUUAUCUUCCAUUUGAAAAUCAUCUAUAUGAGUUGGAUGGUUUAAAAAAUGCUCCAAUUGACUUAGGUUCUUUGCCAGAAGAUGGAGAUUGGAUAAGUAAAGUCAAGCCAAUAAUAGAACAAAGGAUGAAAAAAUACAAUGAAAGUGAGAUACACUUCAAUCUGAUGGCUGUUGUAUCUGAUCUCAAAGAAAAAUACAAGAGGGAAUUGAUUAAAUUGGAAUCUAAUUUGAAUGAUGGGACUAUGGAAACUGAUGACAUUCAAUCAGAAAUGAGCAAAUUACACAUGCUUAUAGCUGAGGAAGAUGAAAAAAUGCAGAGAUAUCAAAUUGAAAACAUUCGAAGGAAACAUAACUAUAUACCUUUCAUUAUGGAAUAUUUGAAAAUUUUGGCCAAAGACGGAAAACUUACCCAGCUUUACAACAAAACAAAUCUUGAAUCUACAAUACAAAAGACCGAGAUUUGUGAUAAAGAUAAAUGAUAUGAAAUGGCGAUUUCAAGAAUUUGCACAAUUUAUAUUUAUAUAAUUUAUAAUUUAAAAUGGAAUAAUGAUAAAUAAAAAAAAAAUGUAAUAUUGAUA